AUGGAGGCAAAACAUUUGAUUCAAUCCACCAUCAGAGCGCUCAUGUUCCUGGCAGGGGUCCUGGGAAACAACUGGCUGGCUAUACGCUCCCUGCCAGGGCAGAAAUCUGGCAUCCACACCAACGAGGCCCUUUUCAUCAACCUGGCUGUCUCCAACCUCAUCACCAACUACCUGGUGGACCUGCCCGACACUGUGGCAGAUUUCGCCGGACGCUGGUUCCUGGGGGAAGCCUUUUGUGGCGUGUUGCGUUUUUGUUCUGACCUCUCCGAGACCAGCAGCAUCUACACGACCUUUUUCAUCAGUGCUUUCUGGCACCAGAAGCUCGUCGGCUCCCUGAAACGGGGAGGCGCACCCGUGCGGAUGGACAGCAUGUGCUUGGUGGGCUGUCUGCUGGCUGGGAGCUGGACGGUGGCUGUGGUCUUCAGCAUCCCGCACUUUUAUUUUGCCACAGUGGAAGGGACAAAUGAGACCCAAAAAGACUGUGUGGAUGUCUUCCCUAAUGCAACCGCCAGGCAAACCUAUGAUAUCUUUUAUUUAACCUUGGCUAAUGCUCUCCCUAUUGCUGGGAUUGUAUUUGCCAGUGUCCAGAUUGUCACCACUCUGCUCCAAAGCCAGCGAUGCAUACGGAGCCAUAACUCUUACCCUACCAAGGACGAAAACAAGAGUAGGCCUAUUAAAAUCCAGAAGCAUGACACAUCAUUCGGCACGGUUUCUGCAGGCACCUCAAAAGAUGUCAAAGACUCUGCAUCCCCAACCCUCAUUUACACGGGCGUGCCUGCUUCUCCCUGUCCAAAUGGAGGGCUGUCAGGUCACUGCUCCAACAGGGAAACAAACACAGGCCGCAGAGCUGGAGCUCCACCAAGUCUUUCAAGGCCCAGCCAGAUGCCAGCUAAGCCCAGUCCGAGCUCAAGCUCUCAGGUGAGGGCAGCCAAGAGUGUGGUGGCUGUAGCCAGCGUGUUCCUGGUCUGCUGGCUGACUCAUCUGCUACUGCGCAUUUCCAGCAACAUCCACACCUCGCCAAUAGUGCUGGAGGUGGCCGACUAUAUUGCGGCCUCCUACACCUGCAUCAUCCCCUACUUACUACUGCACGGAGUGAAAAAGCUCUCUUGCUCAUGCAGAAGGUAGACGUGUACGUCACAUCCAGUUUUUACUUCUGGACUCAAUUCGUGUUUAUGGAACCCAUGUCUGGUUUGGGAAGACCUUGUGUCUCUGAUCCUCACUGAACGCUUUCUCUAAUCUCAAUUUCAACAUCCUAAUUUAUCACAGUUAGCCCUUUGAUAAAUAAAAGCAUCUAUUACUGUUAUAGAAAACUGUGGAAGAGAUGGAGAUGAGCACAUGAGCCUCCAUUAGGAGCUAACCUCUCUGAUCAUUCCAAUUUUUUUUUUUUUGUAGUAGGCUACUUUAAAAUAAUAAGUGAUUUGUUUCAUCGAUCUAUUUAUUCUCGAACUAUUCUGAUAAUCAGUUUAGCACAAAUAUAACAUUCCCUGGUUUAACCUUUCCAGCUGUGAUGGAAAAUUGAGGAUUUCUGGUAUAUAUCUUAAGACGUUAAUGCUCCACGAUUAAAACAAUCAUUAGUUCCAGCCCUUUACUACUCAUCACCUUGAACAGUCUUCUGCUUCUGGUGUCUGUUCUCCAAAGCUCUAAGUUUAAAAAAAGGCUGCAGCAGGCCCAUCUCCCCCCUUACACAUACUUUGUGAAGUCCAGGUUAACUCUGAAGCUUUGUUACAUCUUCAGGACGUUUUCAGUGUUGAGACUGAAGACUAAACGUGGCGGGUUUUUACUGUCAGGGCUAUAACACAGCUGUAAUGGCCUGCCCACUGAUCUCAGACAGACAGUCAGUAGGCCUAUCAUCUUUUAAAUAUUGUGUUGAAUUCCAUUCACUGGGAUUACAAAUAGUUGUAAUAUAUUUUGUUGCUUUAUACCUUAUAAUAUCGCUUGUUCAGUCUUUUACCUCUGUGAAACACCUUGUGAGCGUAUUUGUAAAAAGCUGUGUAACAAUAUUUCCAAAGCAAACAAAUGUAAAAGGUUGGAAUAUAAUAAUAUAUUGUUGCUGCUCACGCUGCAGAUUCUAAAAGCACAACUCUAAAUUUCUUCUAGCUACUUGUGCACAAAGAUGCUUAGUCACAAUUGACAUUUUUAUUCAUUUGCUACAUAAAUUUUACUGCAUUUCUUGUUAAAACAGUAUGUGUGAUGGAGUUAUUCUCAAUGACAUUAUAAUGUCACUACUUAGUUUGAUUUGAUGAAAGGGGCGGGACUGUUCACACUGAUUGUAUUAUUAGUUGCCUUCCCACCUGGUAAACAUAAUUUAUGGUAUAAUCUAUUGGCACUUAUGAGUGAACUGACUCACUGCAUCAUUAAGUGAGAAAUUAACCCAGGAUCUGGUGAAAAUAAUGAGUGCAUGGCUAUUACAGAAAGACCUUUAGCAAUUACUGCCCUGUUGGUGAUGACUGCAAGAUACCCUGAGAGCCAGUUUUAAUUAAAGAUAAUUGUGUAAACAAAAACAGUGAUGACAUGUAGUCCAUUAUUGGAUGCCAUCUGCAGUGUCACAUGAUGAACCCA